UGUUGUGAGCCAAGUGAACACGGAGUUAGAAGUUCACUACCCUCUUUAAGUUGGCGCUUGGCCAGUAUUUAAAAAUCUUCAGCGGAAAUAAUAGUUUUUACUUCGUUGUGCAGUUUUCGCCGUUUUUUUCAUUAACUCUGAUCGAAUUAUGGUGUUGUAGUGACAAAAAAGAUUACUUAUGAUACUCGGCUGAUUGAAACUCAGGACGAUGGACGAGACUAUGGCAACUAGCCGAGAUGCUUCGUUUCUUCAACUUCAUAACAACAGCAGGGAGGAAAACGGGAUCCUCACAUCUGCCAGUGAUUCAACAGAGAUGGCUGGCUUUUAUCAAAGCUUUCCCCAUUGUGUUCUGCCGAACGUUUCCGUAUCCAACAUAUCCGAGUCGGAGAAAUUGUAUUUCCCUCUCUUCGAGUUUGUCAUCAGUUUGGUACUGUUGGUCGUCGUGGCUCUUCCGGGACUCGUGGGAAACUUUAUUUCCAUUUUUAUUCUCUCUCGGCCUCAAAUGAGAACUUCUUUAAACGUCAUCCUUAUCGGCUUGGCCAGUUUUGAUUCUAUUCUACUGCUCACAUCGAUUUUGCUGUUUGUUGUCCCAUCAAUUUACACGUAUAGUGGCGUUGGUGAGUUUUACUACCGUCACAUUCACCCACUUAUAACGCCCUACACGUUCGUGCUGGGCACAACUGCUCAGACAAGUUCUGUUUAUCUUACUCUUACUGUGACGGUUGAACGCUACAUUGCCGUAUGUCAUCCACUUCGUGCCCGAGCGUGGUGCACUUGCAAACGUGGACGAAUGGCUGUGAUCAUCAUUGGAAUUGGUUCCCUUUUAUACAACUUACCUCGUUUCUUCGAAGUAGAGCGAUGUCUCUACCUAGACAACGAGUUGGGUGAAUCGUGGAUUAUUCUCAUCCCUUCAAAUCUGCGAAAUGAUAAAACUUACAUCACCGGCUACAUCGUGACCCUCUAUUUCCUCAUCAUGAAUUUUGUUCCAUUUACUUCACUGGCAAUACUAAAUGGAGCCAUUUACAAACAGGUACGGAAAGCAAAUCGCGAGCGCUCUUUGCUUACCAAUUCACAAAAGAGGGAAAUUGGUUUAGCAACAAUGUUACUCUGCGUCGUGGCUGUCUUCUUCAUAUUCAAUAUCUUGGCUAUGGUCGUCAACAUUUUCGAAGUAGCCAAUAUCCUUGUGGACGAAAUGACACGUGUCAGCAAUCUACUCGUUUCAGUCAAUUCGUCCGUCAACUUUGUGAUUUAUUGCAUCUUUGGAGACAAAUUUCAGCGCCUAUUUCUACGCUAUUUCUGCUACUGCUAUUGCUGCUGCAGGCGAAGGCACCCGCAAUCCGGGAGAAGCUCGCCUGACAAUCCGGACAAUUCCGUUUCUAUGGGCACCAAUCCAGGAGAUGUCCACCGAGUUUCCACGUUCUCCACUCGGUCUAAUGUCACGCCAGGCCGAUUGUUAUCGAUCUCUCGUCUGCCUGUGCAUACCGUUCGCUCAAAUGGAAACAUAAACGGAUACAUCUGUUCGGCAAACAGAGGAAGCGGUAUAAGUAGUAUCUCAACAGCUUCUCGUUCUACGUCUGAUUGUACUGGGCAGCUCUAUCGGUCGGCCAAUCGACAUCAAUCUUCAACGCCUCGGCCCAGCAUUCAAUACGACAGGAACACGUACAACAGAGCUAAACUUUCCAACGCUUAGGGCUUCUACACCAGGAAAUAGUUUAAUCUUAUAAAUGUUUAUCACUGGAGCAUCUCUAGGUUACGUUCACGAGACAAGGUCUUCCUAUUUAUUUUGAACGAUCAAUCACGAUCUUUGCCAUAUUGUCCAUAUAAUAGUUUGGCUAUCCUAAAUACGCGAAUGGGAGAGAAAAGAAUGAACAAAUGUAUUUAAUUCAACAUAAAAAUUAUUUGGUAAAAAUCCUAAUCGAUGGAGACGUUGUUGCUAUAGACACAUGCAUUCAUUCCAUGUACACACACCCCGCAUUGAAAAUACAAAUACUUAUGCCUGUC